CACAACACAGAACACGUGAAGAUGGAUUACAGCACAGCCGCUCGUUUCCACGAUUCUGUAAUGCAGUUUAAAUACUACGAAGAUUAUCUCGACUCCAAAGUCACACCAAUGGAUUUAUUUUACCUAAAAAGCAGGGAGUUGGCCCGUAAACUGGUGGAGCACGGCCACAAGGGCACAGUCCUGAGCAGGGAGGAAUUUGAGGAAAAGAAAGCCGCUGCACAGGCUGCACAGGCUGCACAGGCUGCAAAGAGCAACACUUUCUACAGCAGGAACCGGCCAAUGACACUGGCAAGUGCAGGAAAAGAACUCAAAGAUAACUUCCUGAAAGCCCUGGCAGAGCGAGAGGAGGCCAACCGCAGUGGGAAAAUGACUUCGGUCAUUUUCAUAAGGGAUCAUAAUACUCUUGGACAGGAAGUAUCUGGCUAUAUAGACUACGCCCACAGACUCAAGACCCAAGAUUUUGAACCAUAUUUCAGCGGAAAGAAGAGGAUCAUGCCAGGACGCUCGGAUUUAUGCUACUACAACUGGAAGACACAGGUGUCCACGUCCAACUCGAGCCCUAACUUUGAGGUGAUUUAUGAUGACCCUAACGGCCUUCUCUUCAAGAACAAGAGGGACAAAAAGAUCCUGAAUGUGGACCCCUUGUCUGGUCCUGGUGAGGACUCCAACAGGACUUUCCUGCAGUCGGACCUCUACAUCCAUGUCGUUAUCUAUGACCACAACAUCAGGACGGUCUGAGCUUCAGAGGCUGCUGCCGACACUUUCAUACAUAUGGCACAUAUUGCAGAGCACUGGAAGCCUCUAAUUUGACCGAGUUGUUGCAGUUGCACCAUCAUUUACAAACUGUUGCCCUCAUAUCAUGCAUGCCAUCUGGGUGGAGGUGCUGCAGUGAAAAAAUAAUUCCCAGAGAAAGAAGUGGAUGGACUAAUGAGCGUCUUUGAGUUUUUAAAAAAGCGCUACACAAAUCUAAUGUAUUAUUAUUAUUAUUAUUAUUAUUAUUAUUAUUAUUAUUAUUAUUACUAUUAUGGAUUAGUGUGACAACUUUCUUUGCAAAGAAACAGAAGAGAUUUGACAUACUACUUCAGAUUGUGUGACAUUAUCCUCCCAUGCAGUUGUUAUACACUUUUAUUGCAAAGUUUUGGCCUUAAAUUCUUCUUUAUUCCAUUUAGUGAAGACAGUUUGGCUCAGUUUGUUUGGCAUUCCCCGAAGGAAUGGAACGUGCUUGCUCGGGGACCCUGGGCUCAUCCCGUCGUUUGGCCCGGCAGGUUUCGGGCUGUUUGUCUAAACAAAUUAAAGGCGUAAGAGCUUUGAAAGAUGAUGGGGGUUGCUUUUAUGUCCUCCCCCAGGCUGCGGUAGCUCCAAUUGGACUGGAAGAAUGGGUAAUGGGCUUAAAGCAUUCCGCAUGUUCCCAGAUGCAAGGCACACUUUACAGGACAUCAAAGUGCUCUAUCAUUUACAUAUUACUCAUUCACUACGGCAUUUUUAAAUGGAAGACAUCUCUACAAAUAACCUGCUUUAGGAAUCAUUUAUUUAUAAGUACAGAAGAUGUUUUGCAACUUUUCUCCCUUUUAAUUUCUUUUUUUGCAUUUGUUAUUGAAACACAUGGUAUAAAUCUGCCCCACCACACGUAACAUUAUCUAUGUCCAUAAGCUUACAAAUUACAGGGUCUCUGUUAUUUGUUCAUAAAUUAGUUUUCGAUAGACUCUGUCGACACGUAGUUUGGGGGAAACGUUUUUUCCAUUUAGUCAAAAGGUCAAAAUCAUGCAGCACAGUAUCCACUUCUAUACAUACAUUCAUUCUAAACUCAGCAAUGCACUCGCCCCCAUUCUUUUAAUUGCUCCCCAAAAUGCUGUUGAAUGAAAAUGUAAAAUAAAGUUAUUCAACAAAGUCCUGCAUGGAUGGACAAUCAUGAAGGUUUCUUGUGAUGUUAUCAUAGUAAGCAUGAAGAACAACUAAAAUAAUAGUCCUUAGAAGAAUAGUUAGAGAAGUUUGCGAAUUUGUUUCUGAGAGUUGGAUGAGAGGAGACCCUUUGUGACGUCUGUGUGGUAAAUAUGAAGCUACAGCCACAAGCCGGUUAGUUUAGUUUAGCAAAGCUCCAAAGGUUUCAAAAUCCAGCACCUCUCAAGCUCAAUAAUUACCAAGUUAUAUCUCAUUUGUUUAAUCUGUACAAAAACCAUAGCUGUGGUUUCACAGAGGGUAGUGUCGGACUGUUUCUCUCUCCUGGCCAAGAAAUAGUAUCACUGUUUUACCUUUGGUCAGAGCCAGGCAGUUUCCCGCUGCUUCCUGUCUUCCGAAUGCGCUUAGAUAAUUAUCUCCUGCAGGUUAUUGUGACGCAUAGACAGAAGAGUGGUAAAGGUUUUUUUUCAUCAUGUUGAACUAUUCCUUUAAACUUGACAUAGUGGAAGCCAUACUUAACGUGCAUCCAUUCAGCUGAAAUGUUUUCCUUAAGUUACGAGGCUUAAACAAAUUAGUUCAUCCUAACACAAACCUCUAAUGUCCCUCAGCCCCCCGGAUACCAGAGCAGCCUUGCACUGGCUGCAUCUGUUUGUCUGUUUUGACUGAAUUGGACACUGUUGGCCAUAUGUGUGGUGACAUGGGAUGUGGGUUCUGGUUCUGUUAAAGGAGGGUUUUUGGGGUCUGCUUGAGGGUUUUCUUAGUCAGUGGGUUUCUGUUUUUUUCUUGUUGUUGUUGUUUUUUUUAAAGAUGUGAUUUCUGGGCCAGUGUUGGGGUGAUGAUGAACAAAGUUUGUGAAAGUCUUCUGGAUUCAUAAAAACAAAUUAAAAUGUGAUUAACUGGGUGGAGGUGGCUUGUAAUAUAUUUUCUCAUAUUCCCAAUGUAUUUUUAAUUGUUGUAUGUCUUAUAAACAUUAA